AUGGACGAUGGCGAUGAAAGGAUGACGAUGGAGGAUGACCAGUGGCAAAUUAUUGACGGUGAUGACUGGUGGAGGACCUCGUAUACGUCAGUUUCAUGGGCCCCUUCCCCUACGGCAAGGAAGAAGGUCGCAGUUCUCCCACCACUCGCUGUCGAUGACCCACCUGUCACCCAUGAAGACACGGAUCUGUCCCUCAGUUGUUCCCUGCCCGGUGUUCAGGGUGCUCUCGGUGCUCUUGACCGGUACGAGGCCGAUGUUGGUUUUUACUACUCGCAGAGCAGCAAAACAACUUCGGUGUCUGAUCUAUGUCACUGUGACGGUAUGAAUAAAGGGAGAUGGAACGAGCUCAUUACAGAUCUCUUUGGAGACAUUCCAACGUAUGCCGCGUCAUCCUCCGCCUCGUCCCGUGGUACCCCAUCACCAUGCCCAUCAGCGUCCACCUCAUCAGUGUCCAGCUCUUCUGCCGCAUCUACUUCCGCACCAAAUACCCCCGCGAGCAAGCUGAAUGCUUCGGCUAACUCGUUUGUUCCUACCUUUGUGUACCCCGUUCCUUCACAGAACCACAAGAUCAAGAUUACCAAGGACGAACAGGGUUUCUAUAUGGGGGUGGAUGAGGAGGAUGAAAGGGACGAAAUAGAGGAAGAGAUUCGGAACAUCAUCGGAUCUUACGAAGGGAAGGCCAACAUCGUCUUCGCACCUUUCGCUCCAGACGAGCGCAAGUCGCCAGACUCUGACGACGAUGCAUUCGUCGUCAAGAUGCCCAAGCGCCGAGUACUGGAGGAUGACGAGGGUUGGAUUGGCUUUGGGGAAAAGGACAAGGUUCAGAGGAAGAAGGAUCUCUUCGACGCUCUUACGCGCCGGUGUCGCUCGGCAGUACCGGACAAGACGUCGACAACUGAAGGGUGGAUUGAACCUAAGCGUCAAUCCUCCGUGGCGCCGGCAGCGACGUCGGCGGGCUGGAUAGAACUCGAGAGUGCUAGUCCGCCUCGAGAUCCCAAACCGCCUGUGAAGGAGUCUUCUUCCAAGCAGAGCCAAUGGGGAAAGAGGUCAAGGCAGCCGCCAAAGACACAUAAGCGAGGUGGAUCAUCAGUCUCCUCGUUCUCUUCAACGUCCUCGCGCUCGUCUUCCUUGCCUGCCCCUCUAUACCCCCUUCCCACCCGGUCUGGCUACCCUUAUCCCAUGUUUAACCCCCAAGCAUAUGCGUAUCCACAGAUACGGCCGUACUUCUACGGACCGCAUCCGGGAUACUUCCAACCCAUGGUGAAUUACCGCGCCAUGGCUGGGACGCGUAUGUGGUGA